AUGGCCGGCGGCGCAGGCGGCGCGACCAGCAUGGCCGGCGGCGGCGACCAGAGCAUGGGCGGCGGCGGCGGCGGCCCGGGCGCGGGCGCGGGCGGCGACGAUGAGGAUGAGGAUGAGGAGGUCAAGGCGCCAAAGGGCGGGAAGGGGGGCGCGAGGCGGAGCGUGCGGAUGGCGGCGCGCGACGAGGACGGGGAUGCGGGGGAAGACGAGGAAGAGGAAUCACGCCCAAAGCGCAGCCGCGCCGGCACCAAGGGCGGCUCGAAAGCCGGCGCCGCGAGCGGCGCCGGCGCGGCGGGCGGCCCCGGCGCGGCCAAGGGCGGCGGUAGGCGGCCAAAGACGCUCAAGGCGCGCGUCUGGCGCACGCUGACGGGCUGGAUGGCGACCGUGGUGAAGCUCAACGGCAAGAAGCUACUGCCCUCCAACGCGGUGGUGCUGCGGCUGACGGUGCCGCUGGCGCUGUGGGUGGUGGCGGUGGUCAUCGUGUUUGGGGUGUCGUACGUGCAGCUGCAGGGGCUGCAGGCGCCCCUGUCGUCGCUCAACGCCGCGGGCCACGUGACGUACCGCAUAGCCCGUGUGCGGCUGUUUGGCAACCGCAUGAUCUUUGAACCCAGUCAGGAGCACAGGGACGCGCUGCGGGGGGAGCUGCUCACACUAAGGAAGGUCUACCAGACUGUCACGGACCUGUUCUUCCGGACCAAUGAGUGUCUCAGAACAGACGUCUCCACGUGCUUUCCCAUAGGCGACCGCUACUACCAGCAGACCCACAGCGGCCUCGACGUCAUGAUCAACGGCUUCAUAGACGCUUAUGACUACCUGUCUGGUCUGCCAGCCGACAAGUCGCAUGCGGACGACCCCAGGUAUCUGUACAUAACCCGCUACGUCUCGGCCAACGACAUGGCCCAGGGCCUGCGGCACGCCACCAACGUCUUCGAGUCCGACAUGAUCGCCUCCUUUGAGCAGUGCAAGAUGCUGCACGUCGGGGUGCUGGUGGCCACGAUAGCACUGGCACUGCUCUAUGUGGUGAUGCUUUUCAGGCCCUAUGCCCGCCGCCUGCAUGACGAGUCAUUGGACAUUGCCGGCAUGCUGAGCCAGCUGCCACCAGAGGCCGGGGCGGAGGACCACGUGCGCACUGUUGUGCUGGGCGGAGCAGCGGCAUCCUCCGUCUCGGGCGGCGGCGCGGCACCCUCGGCUGGCGGCGGCAGUGGCGGGGCCGGGGCCGGCGCGGGGCCCGUGGCAGCUGGGGGCCGUGGCGUGCUGCUGUCGGUGGGGGGCGUGGUUGGUGGCGGGGCGCCAUACUACGGCCAGGGGCCUGCGGCGAACGGUGCCGGCGGCGCCGCAUGGGGUGCGGUUGGGCCCAGCGGCGGCGGCGGCGGUUACUACGGCGGCGGCGGCGGCGGCGGCGGCGGCGGUUACGGUGGCGGCGGCUACGGUGGCGGCGGCGGUGGCAGUGCUUACGGAGCCGCCAACGGUGGUUACGGCGGGUACAGCCAGGCGGGCGGGGCCAAGUAUGGCGGGAGCGGCCCCAGCAGGAAUGGCGGCGGCGGCGGCGGAUACUAA